AUAGUAAAUACAAAGUAGACGAUGUGAGUGGCGUGCGUGCGAGGUUCUGUGCAAAUAAUUCCCCUUUUACUAUGACUAAUCACAAGAUUCAGUUUGUGGGCUCGCCCUGUGGCCACCACGGCAAUUACACGUUCUACAAAGCUUUCAAAUACACACUCCAUGGCAAACAGCGGAUAUUGUCCUUGGGCGAGUUCUUCUUCGUCAGGAUUUGGGAGGAGGAAGACAUCGUGUCCGUAGGCGAGGCUCAGUUACUGUGGGAGGAUCGCUCUUCCGGACAGAUCCUCGUCUCGCUCAGGAUCUACUUCCUUCCGGAGAACACGCCGGACGGGAGAUGCGAGGAACACGGAGAGGUAAGGAAGACAUUACACGAGUUCUGUGAGUGACCUCGGAGUUGGGUG